CCCCUGCCCCCCACCCCGCCGCGGCACAAGUCCGUCACCUUCUGCUCACACUGCAAGCACGACAACCAAGACACCUACAACUCGGACAACGACGUCCGCUACUACUCCGACCCUGGAGGCGACCCAGAAAAACCCAAACCGAAAGCCAAAAAAGACCAACUCUACUCCACUGACAGCGAUCAACGGUACUACUCGGAACCCGACGCCAAAUACUUCGAAAUAGAUUACGAGUUCUUAAAAGAACUCAGGAGAAUCGCCAGGAAUAAUUGUCCGAAAUGCCGCCGCAAACGAUCCAGGAAGAACACCGAAAAAGAACGCUCGAGAAAAUCCGCCGACAAAGAUAGUCAAGGUCAGAGAAAAACUCAAGAGAAGCCUAAGUACGCUAAGACUAAAAGUAGGCCUACAAGAAGUGUUAGGGUGAAGGAGAAUUUUGUUUUCUGUAACGGACGGUAUCAUAGUGAUAAGGAACAUUGUCAGCUCUGUUGCCGUAUUUGUAAUCGAUCGACUGAUACACUCGAUUCGAUCGACGACGAGUAUUCUCUCGUAUCUAAAAGCUACAGCUCUAGCAAAGCUACGGUUAGUUCGCGAUCGAAAUCUAACCCGCCAAAACCGACAUCGACUCGAGAACGCAAAAACUCGAUUCAGUCUAUAAAAUCUGUCUCGUUUCUCGAGUCCAGUAACGAUGAAUCUAAAGACGAAACAAACUAUACGGCGAAAAGUUUCACAAACGAUCUUAAGAAGUUUCUAUUGAAACCUUCGGCACCUCGUCUGAGUUUUAGGGACAAGUUCAUGAACAGCUUCAAGCAAGAACUAGAAGCCACCAAAAAAUCGCCCAAACUCAAAGCUAUAAAGGGUCUUUGGAAGUCUUACUGAAAUUUACUCCUUGGAGGUAAGUUCUUCAUUUCCAGAAUGUUCUAUUCUGUUUCCAUUGGUAAGUUUCAAAACGUUGCCUACAUUUUCUAAGCUUUAACAGAUGCAAUGUAAAUAAUUCGUAAAUGGAAACGAAUUUGUUAUUUUUAUUCUUGGUGCUCUUUAUUUGGGACAGACCGUCCUUAUGUUUUAUUUUAUAGAAAAGUUUAAACAACGCAAGUGUUCAGAAUUGGUCUAAAAUUUUAUAAAAACCAAGGUUUCGGUGCUAAUGAAGCUGAAAGCUUAUACAAGCUAACGACAUAUUUACUACUGUAUUUUGUAAUUUUAAUCUAUUUAAAGAAUCCCAAGAAUGUUACGAAACACAACGCUUCUGCGAUAUGUACAAUUGUGCGUCAAAAGAGUAGAAAGUGGAUAAAAUUUUAUCGCAAUGAGUAUUGGUAACGGGUAAACCUUUUCUCAUAGAAGUAAGCCUUAAAUUACCUUAGCUUUAUUGUAGCUUCUUAUGUGUGACAUUGCGUGUUAAGACGCCAUCAGGCCUACGGAACAACGAAAGUGAUAGUAGUUUCUGCUAUUAUUACUGACAUUGAGUUGAUUAUGGGAAGAUUCGUUUACUACUGAAUACGACGAAAUUAAGAACACACGUUUGCGUUGAGUAACGCAAUGCACGUUGCGUGCAUUAAUUUUUUUGGGUAAUAGGCUGAACUAUGAUUUAUAAGCGCCAUUUUUUCUUUUUUAAACUACAUAAAACUCUACUAUAAUGUCUUAAAGAGCACUUCUGACUAUUUCGAGCAUUUUGCUUAACUGAUCUUGACUCUUCGUACUGUCUUCUUGCACUUUCUGUUACAUGAUGGAUAUAAUUUCUGAUCGUCACUUACGUACUUAACAUUAAAUCGAGCCAUGUGCCUAUUCAUUCUUGAAAGCUAGUGAUUCUACAGCCAGAUUGCAGUUAAACGUGAAUCUAU